CCGGCCCCGCCUCGCCCCGCCCCGCCGGCCCCGCCUCGCCCCCGCCUCUGGCCUAGCAUUUCUCCUGCUCUCGAGCGAGUGUUGGCGCGCUGCUCCGGAGCUCGGCGAGGCCGCCACGCUGCGUCCUCCCUAGAUACGGGCUGAAGUCCAGGCCUAGAAGGGAGAGGCCUGGGACCCAUUCUUAGGGGUCUAGCCUGUGCUCCACCGCUUGUGGCCCUGGCCAGCCCAGAUCUGUACUCCCCAGGAUACCCGCCCGCUGCCCCAAGGCUGAUGUGAACCAAAUCCUGCCUCCAGCUUGUUCCAGCCAGUGCCACAGACCCCAGCCCUACAGAGGAAUCCUGCCACAGCAGGACUGGCUUCUUUGGCUUUGUAAGCCCUCCACGGAUGUCUCCCCUCUCAAGCAUGAAGGUCUUCCUGCCAGUGCUGCUGGCUGCCCUCCUGGGUGUGGAGCAAGCCCACUCCCUCAUGUGCUUCUCCUGCACCAAUCAGAAGAGCAAUUUCUACUGCCUGUGGCCAACUGUCUGCUCGGACUCUGACAACUACUGUGUGACUUUUUCUGCCUCUGGUGGCAUUGGGAAACUCGUGGACUUUGGCUACAGCCUGAACAAGGGCUGCUCCCCUACCUGCCUUGGCACAAGUGUUAACAUGGGUGUUUUAAAGGUGGGCACCACGUGCUGCUCAAACUCUCUGUGUAACUUCAGUGCUGCAGGAGGUGGGCCUCAGGCCAGUGCCCCACUGCUGAGCCUUGGGCUUCUGCUCAGCCUGCUGUCGGCCAUGCUGUGGCUGGUCCCCUGAACUUCUUUACCUGGUACCCCAUGCUCCCCCAGUUCAGGAAAAAAAGACUGGUCCCUUCCAGACACCAGGAGGCUAUUGGAGCAUCCAACUCCUCCUCAUGCCUGAUCCACCUCCUUGGCCCCAGCGCCCAGCCCACCCCUGCCCUAGUGCCAGCCACCUCAUUUCUGGGCUCAGCUGUGUCCCCCUGAAGGCUUCGGGCCUUAGGGAUGGAGCUUAGUCCUAGACACACAAGAGGAACACUUAAACCCAGGUCCUUUCAGCAGGCUGUUUAGCGGGGGCAUGUUGGAGAGGGCAGGAAAGACUGGGCCCCGGGCGAGGCAGUUGAGAAAGUACCUCACCCUGGCAUUCCUGCACACACAAUGCACUGACUUCAGGGUGUUGUUAAUGGCUUCACUCCAAGCACCCACCCAGAUUCAGCUGAGCCCCUGUCUGACCCGCCCUCACAUGGGCGCCCUCCUGCUGCUUUAGUGCCUCAAAUAAACGAUGCUCCCACCCUU